GACGUGGCGGACUACCCGUACGACACGGUGCCGAACAAGGUGGACCAGCUCUUCCGGGCUCAGCUCUUCCACGACCGCAAGCAGUUUGAGGAGCGCUACCGCAUGUCAGCCGAGGAGCGUGCCAAGGCUCCCUUCGUGGAUUACCUCAAUCCCAUCAUUGCGGAUGCAGACACCGGCCAUGGCGGCCUCACGGCGACCAUGAAGCUUUCGAAGAUGUUCAUCGAGAACGGCGCAGCUGGUAUCCACAUUGAGGAUCAGAAGCCCGGCACAAAGAAGUGCGGUCACAUGGGUGGCAAGGUGCUGGUGUCCACCCAGGAGCACAUCCAGCGUCUCAUUGCCAUCCGUCUUCAGGCGGAUGUGCUGAACUCCCCUCUGGUUAUCGUAGCACGCACGGAUGCUGAGGCGGCAACCAUGAUUGACAGCAACAUCGACCCCAUCGACCACCCCUUCAUCAAGGGUACGACCGUGAAGGGCGUUGAGCCGCUAUACGAGGCGAUGCGAAAGGGCACGGACAAGGACUGGGAGCAGCGUGCCGGCUGCAUGACCUUCCCGGCAGCGGUCUCCAAAGCACUGAAGGCCAAGGGCAAGGACAGCAGCCAGUGGGAGAAGGAGUCCCGCAAGAUGUCCCUUGACCAGAUGAAGAAGAAGGCUGCUGAGAUGGGCUGCGACAUCUUCUUCGACUGGGACUCGGCGCGUUCUGUGGAGGGUUACUACCGCAUCCAGGGCUCCACCGAGUUCUGCAUCGAGCGUGCCAUUGCCUUCGCCCCCUACGCGGACUGCAUCUGGAUGGAGACUGGCAAGCCCAUCCUUGCUCAGGCCACGCAGUUCGCCAAGGAGGUCCGUGCCGCGGUUCCCCACCAGAUGCUGGCCUACAACCUCAGCCCAUCCUUCAACUGGGACACGGCUGGCAUGACGGAUGCGCAGAUGGAGUCCUUCAUCUGGGACCUGGCGAAGCUUGGCUUCUGCUGGCAGUUCAUCACGCUGGCAGGCUUCCAUUGUGACGCCCUGAAUAUUGAUCUCUUUGCCAAGGAUUAUGCCAAGAGGGGCGCUGCAGCCUAUGUCCAGAUGAUCCAGCGUGAGGAGCGCAAGCACAAGGUGGAAACGCUUACGCACCAGAAGUGGAGUGGCUCUGAGAUCGUCGAUGAGAUGGGCAACAUCAUCAGUGGAGGCUUGUCUUCCACAGGCAUCAUGUCCGCCGGAGUGACUGAGAAGCAGUUUUGA